AUGUCGUCCUCAAGAUUCGAUCCAAACUUCACUCAAAAUGUCAUCAAUGCCAUUGGCCCCAACACCGCCCCUCGAAUGCGCGAGGUCAUGUCCUCCCUCAUCCGGCAUGUACACGACUUUGCUCGAGAAACCGAACUCACCGUCGAUGAAUGGAUGUUGGGAGUACGGUUCCUGAAUGCUGUCGGACAGAUCAGUGAUGCUCAACGGAACGAAGGCCAGCGGCUAACAGACGUGAUUGGACUUGAAUCACUCGUCGACGAAAUCGCCCACAAACACAUGACCGAGUCGACCGGCGACCCAACCUCCUCCACCAUCCUCGGUCCCUUCUGGUCGCCUAACGCCCCCUUCCGCGAAUUAGGCGGCAGUAUAAUCCAAGAUCCGCAUAAUGGGCAAGUUACGUUCAUGCACGGCAAGUUAACCAACCUCACCACCAAGAAGGGCAUCUCAGACGCCGUGUUGGACAUCUGGCAGGCGUCGUCGAAUGGGAAAUAUGAUUUCCAGGAUCCAGAGAAUCAGACUGAUAACAAUCUGAGAGGGAAAUUCAGGACGGAUGCGGAGGGAAAUUAUCAUUUUUAUUGCUUGAGGCCGACGGCUUACUCGCUGCCUACGGAUGGACCCGCAGGCCAACUCCUCACCCUGCUCGACCGGCACCCAAUGCGACCUGCUCACAUCCACCUAAUGAUCACCCACCCCACCCACAAGUCCGUAACGACGCAAAUCUUCCCUGCCGACGAUCCCUACCUCAGCACCGACUCCGUCUUCGCCGUCAAGAGCGAUCUAGUCGUCGACUUCAAGCCCCGCAAAGGAGACGACAAAGCCACGUUGGAUCUGGAGUAUAAUGUUAUUCUGGCGGCGAAGGAUCAGGAGGGGGCGUCGAACGUGCCGAUGGCGCCCGGGGGUGCACCGUUCAGCAACGGGACGAAUGGCGUUAAUGGGAACCACUAG